AUGGGAUGAUGACCAUCAUCUGUUUUUGCUGUGGUUAUGUUCGUUGGUUAAUUGAUUAGUGACUGGGAUGAGAGCGUUAAUUUGUCGAACAUUCCAAACAAAACAGAAAUGCCACACUUCAAUACAAGUGUUUUAAAAACGAAACCAGACUUAUCUAAUAUACCAGGUUAAAUCGUCCUUUUUUUAAAAUAUAUUUACAAAAAAUAAAGUCCUAAUGUGGAGCUGUUGUUUAAUGCCAUAUCACAUUGUAAAUCGAAAACAGUAGAGAAUCCAUCCACCAACACAGAGUUCUAGAAUGGGCUGUGUUAAUGGUAAACCAGAUAUUAAUAAUAAGCAUCCAAAUAUUUUUAAUGUACUCAAUGUAAAUGAUCAAGGAAGAGCUAUAAGUCAUGGAAAACUUGAGGUCACUGAGUCAGAUCUAGUCUUUCACCAAAGAGGUAUGAAUCCAACUAGAUGGCCAUUAAGGUCAUUAAGGAAGUACGGGUUUGAUACAGAUGUGUUUAGUUUUGAAUGUGGUAGACGUAGUCCCACAGGUCCUGGAAUAUAUGCUUUUAGAUGUCACAAGGCUGAGCAACUAUUUAAUGUAGUACAGCACCAUAUUACAGGUGUAGAAGAAAAUCCUCCUUUAUUAAAUACUUUAAAUCAAAACAGCAUUGAAUUUGCAAUUCUACCUAUGAGUGCGGGUCCAGCUGUUUGCCACAGCGGUUGGUUUAAUUCUGAAGAGAGUUAUUUUAAUCCAGUCCAAUCAACAGCCAGAAGUCACAACCCAGUAUUAAGUAGACCAGGAUCAAUUUCUAGCAAUGGUCAGAUAAGUCCUACCACAUCUCCACUUGCUCCAUUGGAAGUUCCAUCAUUAGAAUUUAAUAAUAACAGGAGAAGUAGUGUAGUAGAAAACAGCCGAGGUUCACCUAGUUACGCAAAUAUAUCAAGUGAUGGACUAGCAGAAUCGUCUUGCCAUAUUUAUAUGAACACCAAUUCAAAAGCACACAUUGAAGAUACACAUUGUUAUGAAAAUGUAAAUAAGCAUCAUAUUGAAAAUUUACAUAUAUUUCAUCAAUCUGUUACAAAGGACGAACCAUGUAAAAGUACUAGUAUACCAAAUACUCCUACAGUUUUUCUAGACGCAGGUAGUGUAGCAGUUCGUGAAGUAAAUUAUGCCGAAUUAGAAUUAGACCUAAUUAAAACUGAGAGUAUCCAAACAUCUACAACACCUACAGUGUCUCAAAGUAUAACUACUCAGAAGUGUUAUGCUACAAUAGAUUUUCCUAAAACAGUGGCUUUAUUACAAUCGAUAAAUCCCAAAGUGGAUUUGGAAGAAGGGAGUAGAAAAACUAGACACAAUUCUACCAUUAAUUCAUCAAGUGAUUGAAUAUUAUUGCAAAUAUUUCUAUUAAUUUUUCCAUUAACUACUUCCUGUCUUUACCUUCUUGUAAAACAAAGAAAGAAUUUUGUUUAUGGUUCCAAUAUAAAAAUUUACUGCUGGAAUAAGCAGUUUCAAAUUCUUUAAAUGCCAUUUUUUAUUAGAGUAACUCGUAGAACAUUUAAAAAUCAGGUCAUAAUUUCAUGGAGUGCUAAAAAGAAGGGCAAAACAAAGAAUCUCAAAAUUUCGGCUUAUAUAGUAGCUUCAGUUUUAGUUCAGGUGGCGUGACACUUGGUGUGAUAUUUAGUAGCUAUUUAAUAAUAAUAAUAAUAAUUAUAAUAAAUGGCCUUUAUUUGUUUAUACAAUAUAUGUGCCAGGACCUCAUUAGUUAACUAGGUCAUGCAACAUAGUUGCUCAUAUGUAACCCCAUAAAGCACACAGAUAGAUGCUACUUAAUUUUAGCUACACUUAUUAAAAAUGAUGAAUAAGAUAUCCUACGCCAAAAAACAUACAAAGCAAAAGAUAAAAAUAUAUACAACAACCUUACAGAAAAGAUUAGAAAUGGAAAAACGAUACUAUUUUUAAUUUAAUAUUCGGUCCCUAUUAUGAAAAAUAUGUUGCCUAAGCAUUUGUUUAAACAUUGUGAGGUUUUUGAUCUAAGUUGGAGAGGGAGGUUAAUAGUCUUUAAAUUAAGCUGAAGUAUUCUUAGGAAUGAACAAGCGUUCUCUGUGGAGAACAUUGACUUAAUGAAUAUCUGGGCUAAGAGUAAGUUACUAAAUUUUUUAAUUAAAAUUAAAGCUGUUUUUCACUAAUCUGUUUUAAUUACCGUACAACCCGUGAUAUCAACGAAUUUUAAUAGAAAAUGCCACGUAUACAGUAAAUACAGAGCAAUAAUAGCGAUCAGGGAUUAUUUUUUAUAACAUUUGUUAUAUAGAACCCACAAUUAAUUAAUAGUUCAUGAAAAAUGUUUAAAUUUAAAAUUAUUUAGAUUUGCAAUCUAAAAAACCGACAUUUAAAACUUUAGGAGUAAUUUUCCAAAGCUACAUUAAAAGACGAAUUUCUAAUUCAUUUUGAACAUCGCGAUUUGUCUUCUUUUUAGUCCUCCGUAUUGCGAAACCGGUAAUAUAUUUUUUUAUACCCAUAUUUAUAUUGUUUUAUUAUUUUACAUUUUUGUGGACAAGAAAACAUCAUUAUUUUCUAUCGCAAAUAAUUGAAAUAACAACGUAAAUCACAUAAAACGAAAAAAUUGCAAUACUUCCGUCAAAUGCAAUUUUUUUCCAAACACAAUUGACUAGGACCAGCUCUUUAUCCAGUCAUAAUACGGUAAAAAACUCUUAACUUGAGAGAAAUUAAAUAAUUCCCCAUAAAUUUGGUGAUGGUAAAUUUACAUUUUGUAAAAAUGUGUAUUAUGUAAAUUAGAUUUCUGAUGUUCACAAGAAUGUUCGACAAUAUGUAUCAACAUGAGUAAGAAAUAUUAAAGUUAUUCAUCAUGUUAUAAUGUUAUUCAUCACAUUUCACUAUUCUGCUAAAGCAACUUAUGAAUUGUACGAAUGUUUUUGUAUAGGUAUUUGUUCUGUAAAAUUUGAUUUUUAUCAGUUUAAAUAUUUGUUUAUAGCUAUUGUUUUUUGUUGAAUAAUUAAAAUUAGGAAACCGAAGAAAAGCUGCGUGCUCUUUGGCCAAAUAAGCAUAGAAAAAGCAUCGGGAAAAAUUAAGGUCAUACGUUCGAUUUAAUAACGCACCGGAAAUGGUGGUUCAUACCCGUAAGAGUGUAGUGUAGUGUAGUUUAUUUAAAAGUGACGUGAAAGACGGUCAAAAAUUUAGUGUUACAAAAUAAAUUUAAUAUUAAUAAAUUUAAAUUUAAAUUAGAAAAGCAGGCAGAAAAAAAUACAAUAAAUUAUUUAAACUAGGCACAGAAAACAGAUUUAGUAUUCGUUUGAUGCAACUAUCUUUUCUCUAAUUUAAAGUGGCCCUUGUUGCAACACGGUUAUUAUUCAGAUUUUUUAGACGUGUGAGCGGUUGCAGAAUUGUCUCGGAAAAAUAUUUAGACCUUAUUAAAUUUUAGGUUAAUUACCUUAUGGCUCUCUUUAAAUGCAGAAAUGGUAAUGUAUUAAAUGUAGGUUGAAAAAUGUGUUAGUAUCAUGUAAUGGUUUUUGUAUAUAUAUAUAUAUAUAUAUAUAUAUAUAUAUAUAUA